GAGUGGGGAGGGGAGGGGGAGCUCAGCCGGUCUCUCCUCUCUCUGCAGCAGCGGCCAUGCUGCUGUCCGCUGCCUGUCUCGGUGCAUCCCGCCGGUGUAGCCUGCCGCCGCUGCAUCCCUGUAUCCCGGGUUAGCGGACCGGCCUGCACCGAGUCGGCUCGGUCGUAGCGGUUCAGUCCGCCUGGAGCUGCAGGAUCCGCCGGAACACACCGGAACAACAACGGGAAGAGGAAAAAGCCUCCAUAGCAACAAACCGGUUUCACGGCAUUAUUGUGAUGGAGGCAUGUUGAGGACGCCGGAAGACAAAAGUGUGACUGGGACAGAAACCUCCUGAAACAAACCGGAUUACCAGGACUGCAACUGAACGUGCCAGGUCUGAAGCUCGACUGCUGGGAUUGAAUGGGCUUGUACCACAUCUACACAACAGUGUACCAGGUUUAGAGCCCGAUUACUGACGUUACAGCUGGGAUAUCACUGGAAUUACAACCUGAUCUACAGGCGGAUCCUAAAACUACAUCUGACAUCUCUUUACUGGGAUUAUACCAGGGUAACAGAAACUUCAGUUGAUAUAAAGGACUGCAACCAGGACCUAAACGUCUUCUUACUGGCUUUUCAGUUUUGCUAACUGGACUACAAAGCAUCUAAGAAGUCUGCAUGAUCGAUACUGGGAUUACAGCAGGGUUUUGAGAAUCUAAAGCCAAAUUUUGAGGACUGCAACUGGAUUACCAAGUCUACAAAAAGUCACUUUUAAUAGAUAAUAUCCUGGUACUAGAAAAAGUACUAGCUAGUAGCUACUAAGUCACCAAGCUUACGACCCAGUUUAUCAGGACUACACAGCACGAGAGUCAAGUUAUUUUCACUUUAACCAACUUCGAAUGAGGUAACGAGAAUAAGAGUUACUGUUUAUCUCUGCUGGAAGAUGAAUUGUAUGUAGUAGAGAGACUCUUCUGAACGUUACUGGACUUUUAUUCAUCAUGUCGCUAAGUAAGACCAUCGAGUUGGAGCACUUUGACGAACGCGACAAGGUUCGCCGGGGACGCUCCACCCGGGCCAAGAGAGAUGACUCCACCGGCAGCGCUGGCGGCGGGGGGUCGGGCCCCAGCUCCAGGGGCAGCAGCCUGGUUCCUAGCCCUGCCCACAGCGCCAACUGCAGCUACUACCGGACCCGCACCCUGCAGGCGCUCACCUCGGAGAAACGGGCCAAAAAGGUCCGGUUCUACCGCAACGGAGACGGGUACUUCAAGGGUCUGGUGUACGCUGUGUCCAGUGACCGGUUCCGCUCAUAUGAUGCUCUGCUGAUGGAGCUGACACGCUCUUUGUCGGAUAAUCUGAAUCUGCCACAAGGGGUGCGCACAAUCUACACCAUAGACGGCAGCAAGAAGAUCACCGGUAUGGACGAGUUGGUGGAAGGUGAGUGCUAUGUCUGCGCCUCUAACGAGCCCUACCGGAAGGUCGACUACACCAAGAUCUCCAUCCCAAGCUGGAAGCCGGGCGCCAGCACUGGGCCCGGCGCAGCGAGCACGGCCCGGUCCUCCACAGCGUCGGCCGGGGUGUCAACGAGCGCCACCGCCGGCGCUAAAGAGCGUCCUGAAGGUCGCGAGGGCAGAGAGAGCAAAGACUUCAUCAAACCCAAACUGGUGACGGUGAUCCGCAGCGGCGUGAAGCCUCGCAAGGCGGUGAGGAUCCUCCUGAACAAGAAGACGGCUCACUCCUUCGACCAAGUGCUGGCCGACAUCACGGAGGCCAUCAAGCUGGACUCCGGGGCCGUAAAGAGGCUGUACACGCUGGAUGGAAAGCAGCUGACCUGUCUGCAGGAUUUCUUCGGGGAUGACGAUGUGUUCAUGGCGUGCGGGCCGGAGAAGUUUCGCUACGCUCAGGACGACUUCGUGCUCACACACACCAGCAAAACACAGUCCUUCGUUAAUGAGUGCAGGGCCAAGGCGUCUCGCGCUACCGUCCCUCAGAAGACUACAACUCCCAAAUCUCCCAGCAGCUCCAGCUUCUCCACCUCUAAGACUCCACCCAAAACCCCGUCCAGAACAAAGUCACCUGCCCCAGCCAAUGAGGCCUCAGGAUCACAGUCAGGUGGAAAGACGUCCAGGUCGAGCCCCUCCCCCACCAGCCCCGGGACCCGACGCAGCCUCAAGAUUUCUCCUCGUCGUGCUUCCUCCACAGACGUAAACGGAGACGCCAAACAGGCCGAUGAUGAUGCCGUUGAAGUGAACGGGAAUCGGUCUGUUUCUUCCUCCAUCAUCAACGACAAGUACAAAGUCGGUAAAGUAAUUGGAGAUGGAAACUUCGCCGUGGUGAAGGAGUGCGUGGAGAGGUCGACAGGACAGGAGUACGCUCUGAAGAUCAUUGAUAAAGCUCGCUGCUGCGGGAAGGAACACCUGAUAGAGAACGAGGUAUCGGUGCUGCGGAGGGUUCGACAUCCCAGCAUCAUCGAGUUAAUCGAGGUGGACGAGACGCCCUCUCAGCUGUUUCUGGUCAUGGAGCUCGUUAAGGGUGGCGACCUGUUCGACGCCAUCACCUCCUCCACAAAAUACAGCGAGCGCGACGCCAGCGCCAUGGUGUUCAACCUGGCCGGAGCCAUCAAAUACCUGCACAGGAUGAACAUCGUCCACCGAGACAUCAAACCAGAGAACCUGCUGGUCUGUGAGUAUCCAGACGGCACCAAGUCUUUGAAGCUGGGUGACUUUGGUUUGGCGACGGUGGUUGAAGGACCGCUGUACACCGUGUGCGGCACACCGACGUACGUCGCACCGGAGAUCAUCGCUGAGACUGGUUACGGUCUGAAGGUGGAUAUUUGGGCGGCAGGAGUGAUCACCUACAUCCUGCUGUGUGGAUUCCCUCCAUUCAGAAGUGAGAAUAAUGUCCAGGAGGAGCUGUUUGAUCAGAUCCUCAGAGGGAAGCUGGAGUUUCCAUCUCCAGACUGGGACAACAUCAGUUUGCCUGCCAAGAUGCUGAUUAGUCAGAUGCUGCAGGUGAACGUAGAUGCUCGUUUCACUGCCGAGGAGGUCCUGUCACACCCCUGGGUGACGGAUGAGGCUCCCGCCGACUCCAACACUGUGAGCAGCACUGAAGAGCAGCCCAGCGGAGAAACACUGGAACCAGAGCAAGAAUCCCCAAUUUUGGAAACCAAACAAGUUCCCUCACCUCUGGUCUAGAACAUGUCC